UUGAAAUAAAAAAUAACCAACAAAAAAUAAAUCCUCUUUAAUCAAAUGAUCAACAAAAACUAAUCUAGUAAGAGCUAACAUUCUCCUUAAAGUUGUACAAUUAAAGCUUAGGAGAAACGUAUGCUUGACUCAUAAGAAACUAGUUUGACAACUAUGGAUACUAUUGAUUCUCCUAAAGAAUCUUUAGUUAAUAAUUAACUAAGCUUAAAAUUUUUUUAAGCAAAUGUCAGUAGUUAAAAAUUGUAGAUUGCCUCUUAAAAGAGUUUAACUAAUAAUAAUUUUUCUAAUAAUGCUUUGUUAUGUAAAAGCUACCCCAUUAAAAAUUUAAGCAGCUAAGAAAUAUUUUCUUUCUCAAACAAUAAUGAUUAAAUACCUGCUAAGUAAGUAUUAUCAACCUAACUUUACUAAUAAUGCAACAAUAAAUCUAAAUAAUAACUAAUAAAUGAGCUCAGUUUAUAUAAAUUAACUUAAAUUUAACUAAAAAAUUAAUUACUUGCUAUCUAAGAUAAGAGCGAUGAUUAAGAAGAAGAUGACGAUAACUCUGAUGAAGAGGAAGAAGAAUAUUCUAUAUGGGAUGAUGAUGAGUUAAGAAGUAUGGGAAUAGAUACUAACUUCUUCAUUGAUAUAAGAGGAGAAGAAUUAUCAUUCUACCAAAUGUAUAGAUUGCGCUCUUCUCUUUAUCAACCCUUUUAUAUAUCGCGUUUAGACACAAUAAAAGAAGCUUAAAUAAUUUCAUCUCAUUAUGGUUAAGAAAUUCCCAUUAAUGACUUGAGAUCUCAAUAAAUAUAUCUAGAUCAAUUUUAUUUGAUAUAAACAAAAGAAUUUCCAAGAAAUCCUAAGUUGAAAAGCUCUUAAAAUGUUUCUAAUCCUGUUAAAUCAGAUUAAAAAUGUUUCACCAAAAGGAUUUAAAGAGUAUAUUCAAAUUUCGAAUAAAAUGAUAAUGCUCCUAGUAAAUAAUAAUAUAAUUAACCAAAAGUUAGUCAUUAACUUAACUCAACAAAAUUAAAUAAAAAAGAACUUUCCUAAAAAUAAUCAAAUGAUCUACAAAAUCAGGAAAAUCACUCAUUAAUUACCCAAAAACUAACUGAAAUUAAUAAUGCUUAUUCCUAACUCUAAGAUAUCCCUCUUAAUUAAAAGAAUAGAUCUUAAAGAAGGUAAAAAACUAGUAUCGAUUAAGAAUAAGCUCUAAAAUUAAUUUAAGAUAAGAAAAUCCCAAUAAAGCAAAUAAAACUUUAUGAAGGCAAUUUUUCAUAAAUUAAUAUCAUCUCCAAUUAAAGUCCCUCUGCAAAUAACUAAUUAAAUUAACUAAAUGAUAACAAGAAUUAAGCUAAUUUGUUAUAGUAAAAAACAAAAAUCACUAAUUAGACCCAAGUUAGCAGUGAAUAAUUAUAAAAUAGCUCAUAAUUAUAAUAAUCAAGAGAAUCAAGUAUACAGAAUACUGCUUCAUCUGUGCUGUCAUAUCUUAAAAGAGUUAUUUACUACAAAAAUAAUUAAGAAGAGUAAUAAAUCUAAAGAAUUCCUAACUUAAAAUAAAAUUUGGUUGAUCAAAAUUUAUCUUCUCCAAGAAAUUAAAAAAUUGAAAUAAGUAAAUUGAAUUCCAAACAAGACAAAAAAUUACAAUACGAAAAAUUUUCCUAAAAUCAUCAAAUAUAAUAAAAACUUAGCUCUUAGCUUGCCAAAUGA